GCUUCCUGCCAUCCUGAGGCAUACAGUUUUGCCUUAGGCAGCAAGAGCAGCCACCUUGAAACAAUUCCUGGAAAUUCACUUUCUCCCUCCCUGCCUAACUGCACUUUUUUUUUCCCCCGUCCCAAAGUAUAGACAAGACAUUAUAAUCAACAUUACAGAGGAAGGAAGGUAGGAGGGAAGAGAUAUUGAGGAGCAGAGAUAAAGUCUGGCCGCUUCUCAGAGUCGGCCUGGGCAAAGGGCUUAGGUUUUGACCCUGAAGAAAGGCUGAGACAAGCUGUCCCAGGACCCUGCCUGACUUGCCUGGCCUGUGUGGUAGGCCAGGUAGAUAAUGGAAAGGUCAGGGCUGAAGACUGGCAAUGACCCAGCGUCAGCUUCUAGAAGUUCACUGAGCGAGAGGCCAUGUGUGGCCUCAAGAGCUACUUUGCCCUCAGGCUCCCCAAAGAAUGGGCCCCACCCCCACAUCCUGGCUCUUUGGGCUCAUUCACACUCCCGGGAGACAACACCACACCACCACCAACUCGGGGACCAGACCCGAUUUCACUGAUUCUCCUGAGUAGCUGGGCAGAUGGACAAGUCACUCCGGCUUCCAGUCUCUGCUUUUCUGUGUGUUUGUUUGUUUUCUCUUUGGCAGGACAGCGAUACUUCCGUCACAGAAGUACGGUGGACAGUAACCGUGAGUUGGCAGGAGUCUGGAAGCCACCCUCUCUGGGCUCAUCACUCACCGGCCAUUUUCCUCUAAAUUGGGUCGAUACCAACCUCCUCUUCUAAUUAGUUGUCUGGAGUUGCAUUUCUCAGAAGUAUGGGAACAUCCCCAAAGGACACUAUGAGUCACCAGAGAGUAGAUGUGACAGUAGCAGCUGACAGGAACUGAAUUGCCACCUUUUUUUUUUUUUUUUUGGACACAGCUGUAAAGGACAUUAAUUAGCUCAAGAAAAAUCUCAUAGUUUGUAAAAUGAACAUUAUCGUAGGUGAUGAGACAAUAUACAGAGAGGUUAACCUGCCCAGAUCACACUGUUAUCAGUUCAGUAAUCCUGUCUGGUAACACAGUGGCUUCAGCCAUGACCCCUGGCAAAGUAACGUCUGCAUACACACAUUUUGUCUGCUGUGGACUUUUUUUUUUUUAAAUCAGGACUUCCUUAGAUUCUCAAAGGGGUCCAAGAUGUCCAGAUGUUAAAAAUGACUGUCCACGGACACCAGCUAGGAUGAAAAGAUAGAGCUGGACACCUACUUCUGGAGGUGACUCAGCACUGGGAAUCCUGGGAAGUCUCCUCAGGCCACUUGUGGGUUUGAGGUGGUCUGGAAAGGGGGCUGAGAGGGGGAAUCGCUGUUGACUCUUCCACAAGGUUAAGGACAGCGGUUUACUUACUCUCUGCCUUCCUGAGCAGGAAAUGGGAAGGUGCAACUCCAGCAAAGGAAGAGGAAACUUAGAAAGAUAAGAGACCCACAGGGCACCAGAUACCAGCUCCCGCUCCCCAACCGUGAUACUGCCCGGAGAUCUCCCAGCAUGCUCUGCCUUUGCGCCCUCUUCCUUUCCCAUGCCCCCCCCCCUCCCCCAGGCUCUGAUCCUUUCCCAGCUUUCUCAACCUCCCCCAGCUGUUCUGUGGAUGUGGUAACAGCCUCUCACCGACUCCUGAGCUUUUCGGUUCCAGCUUACAGAAUUUUCUCUGACUUCUCCAGUGAUUCCUAUGGCCUUCAAUUUCUGUUUCUGCCAUUUUGCAAAGGAGGUAGAAUCUUAGACUCCCCAAAAAGUUAGAGUUGGGGGGACUUGCUGAGGUCAUCUGGAUUCUUACUCAUUAUAAAGAUGAAGAAAAUGGAGGCACUAGGGAAUCCCAUAUCGUCAGACAAGGUAGAAGUGGAAAGUCAUCUGUCUUAACAUUAUUUAUUAUCUAUUCGCCUCUGCUGGAUGUUGGGUGUGGGCAGCUUUAAACACAGAGUGGUUGUCAGAUCUUGUCCUGGGGGUCUCUAAGCCCACCAAAGCUUGACUGUUUGGCUCACUCAGAACACCUUCGUGUUCCUUCGGGCAAAUGAAGCCAUGCUAGGUCUAAGAUGGAAUUCCUACAAAGCUACCAUUUUUCUCUGAGAAAGACAUUUGUUAUUGAGCUAUUUGGAGCUUCAAGGGAAGAUGUUCCAGAGGUGUGGCCCCCUCCUGGAGUCCUUUUAGGAAAGAGGCCAGAUCUAGCCCAGUAGGUCUGAGCAGUAGGGUCAUAAUGUGUGGGCACCAUGAGGAAAAGGCCUGACUUCGCCGCUUUGCUGUCUUGACUGUACUGAAAUGAGGCCUCUCCAGGUAGCUUAGGCUGGCCUCAAACUUGCAACCAUCUUGCCUUUGCCUGAUAAGUGCCAGGAUUACAGACCCAUGCUGCUGUAUCCAGUUUAGUUCUAGAUCGUUGACCACUGACAGGGAAAAGGGCAUCCUUUUAGACGUGGGUUCCUGUCCCUGGCUUAGAAGGAUGUUGUAGCCUCGAGGGCUAGACACUGAUUUGAAUAACCAUGUGUAGCUCAGAUCUUUACCAGCUUUGGAAUAUGAUGAUUGCCUGGGCACGGGGGAGUAUGUCCUUACAGUGGAGAGAAUGGACUUCACGGGGACGUCUUGGAGUGCAUGGUGGCAGAUUCCAAGUUAGCAUUUGUGUUAAGACUGAAGUGCCUAGAGAUGGCCAGCAGAGAAGAAUGGCUCUUCCCAGACUCUGGUUUCUUGUCUCAGAAAAAAAGAUGUAGUGUUGUAGGACUUGCUGACACAAGAGAGCAAUAAGGCCAGUUUGAUCCUUACACACUGGGCCAGAAAGUGGUGGAAGACAUGGGUAAGGCAAACAUGGUUUCGUCUCUACUGGAAGGUGCCUGUUUUAUUUUGAGCUGAAGUCAGAGAGUCAGUUGGGCACAUCUCUAGAGCCAGGAACCAGAUGUGGAACUCCAUACACUACUCUAGAGCUUGUGAGUGAGGCUUGCUGGGAAAUUAAGGCUGAAAUCUAUGGUGGCAAGUAGGGGAAUACCAAAGUCCAUCAUCGAUCAGCUGAGCAAACAGGUGGAAGAUCAUAGAAGUGAGGCAUGAAUAAAUAUCAAGGGAGGCACAGGACAGGAAGCAAAGUGUAGACUCUCUGCUAGAAGCCUGUGUUCCUCUGUGUCUCCUGAGUCCUCUGUGUCUACGUUGUCCUCUGUGAAUAGAGGCCAGGCUCACUUUAGCACAGACUUUAUGAGCCUGUCCUCUUCCAAGUCAUGUGGCUCUACUUGGUGGUUCUCCUGGGUCUAUGGAACCUCCUGCGCUUGUUCAGGGAGAGGAAAGUGGUGAGCCAUCUCCAAGACAAGCAUGUCUUCAUCACGGGCUGUGACUCGGGCUUUGGGAACCUGCUGGCCAGACAGCUGGACAGGAGAGGCAUGAGGGUGCUGGCUGCAUGUCUGACAGAAAAUGGAGCUGAGGAGCUGAGGAGCAAGACAUCAGACAGGCUGGAGACGGUAAUCCUCGAUGUCACCAAGACAGAGAGUAUUGUGGCAGCCACUCAGUGGGUGAAGGAGCGUGUUGGGAACAGAGGACUCUGGGGCCUGGUCAACAACGCUGGCAUCUGCAUCCCCUUGGUUCCCAAUGAAUGGCUGAAAAAAGAGGACUUUGCGAAGGUGCUGGAUGUGAACCUGUUGGGCAUGAUCGACGUGACCCUGAGCAUGCUGCCCUUAGUGAGGAAGGCAAGAGGCCGUGUGGUCAAUGUCUCCAGCAUCAUGGGCAGAGUGUCUUUCUCUGGUGGUGGUCCUUACCCCAUCUCCAAGUAUGGUGUAGAGGCCUUCUCGGACUCCCUCAGGAGGGAGCUCUCCUAUUUUGGGGUGAAGGUGGCUAUAAUAGAGCCUGGUUUCUUCAUAACUGCUAUGGCCAAUAGUGACAGGUUAUCAUCAAAUAUGAAGAUGCUGUGGGACCAGGCCAGCUCAGAGGUCAAAGAGAUCUAUGGCGAGAACUUCCUGGCAUCAUUUCUGUCAAUUCUAAAGUCACUGGACCAAAAGUGUAAUGAGGACCUCUCCUUGGUGACAGACUGCAUGGAGCACGCGCUGACUUCCUGUCACCCUCGCACUCGAUACUCAGCUGGUUGGGAUGCCAAGCUCUUCUACCUCCCCAUGAGCUACCUGCCUACCUUUCUUGUGGAUGCCAUGACCUACUGGAUAUCCAUAAAGCCUGACAAAGCUCUGUGAAGCCUACAUCUGUUUCUGUAGUUGGGGGUAUGUAAGUGUAGUGUGAGAGAGCAGAUCCUCAGGAGAAGGAAGAUUCCUGGGAUCAGGACAAACUUGUCAUUGGGAGGGGCAUCCACAGGUGCCUGAUAUUCUUCCCUUCGUAUGAACAUGAUGGUCGUAGCUCCACUCUAGAAACUGCUAUUUUUAAACAAUGAUUCCCAUUUUUGGUGAAAAUAGAAAGUGACCUUCUAUGUCUCAGGG